AAUGUAGGAUUGGUUUGUUUAUAUUAAUUCUGGUCCAGUUAUUAAUUUACUGCUAUUACCAAUUCACAUAAGCCGAUAUUCAGAAAUAAAAAUUAAAACAAUAUAUUUUUAAAUAAAGAAUGUAAAUGGCCAAUAUGGAGGCAAGUCCUGAAGAUGUGCAAGAUAACACGAAAGACCGAAAAUCUUUCGGCAGAAAACUUUUAGUUUUUACACUUAUAAGUGGCCUCGCAUUUUCUCUGGGUUAUAUUCACUACAAAUAUGUGUCGCAUCUCUUUGAAAACGAUAGAAAUUUUCUCUAUUUAUCCGAUCUGGAACGAGAGAUGUCUUUUCGAACAGAAAUGGGCUUCUAUUACUCAUAUUACAAAAUUGUAGUUGAAGAGAGACCGUUCCUUGCUGGAAUGUAUAAAAUUAUAUUCGACAGAUUAGUUGAAUAUCCGAAGGAUGUCAACGCUAUCAAUAGAUUUAAUAUUAUACCUGAGGUCGUAAUAGGAGCUAUGUAUAGGUAUUUUGAGCCCUGGCUGAACUCUACCCAGUAUAAGGAAUGUCACAUGGUUGAGAGGGGCCCAGGUCAUAGUCCCGUGGAAAGUUGUAUUGGUAUAGGGCAACCGGUUUUCUUCUACUUGGAAGUGAUUUGGUGGCUUUCUGGUCUCACUGUAGCUGCAUUGUUCCUACAUGCUACUAUGCUGAGUCAAAGUGUCAUGGGUGGUUUACUAGCGGUGGUUCAAUACUUCACGAACCACGCUGAGUGUACUCGUGUACAGUGGGCGCCGAAUGAGAGGGAAAAUCUGGCUGUGCCACUACUGCUCCUUCAGGCUUGGCUCUUGACCCUCAGGCUCAGAGAGACGAGUAGAAACCGGAUAUUAAAACUGGAGAUAGUAACGCUCUUCGUCAACAUACUAUGCCUGCUGUUCUGGCAGUUCACGCAGUACAUAUUCCUGACACAGCUGGCUAUAUUCUUUGUGAUGGAGCAGCUGAAAAUUAUCGAUUUGAAAACGUUCUCCCUAAUCCUCUAUUCUCACUUCUGCAGCCUGCAUACGGCGGUGCUCCUCCUCCAAGGGAAUGAUAUGCUAAAAUGCUCUUUAUAUACAACAUUCCUGAUCACUAUCUCGAUAUACUGUCUCUUCUUGAGCUAUUUACGCAUUAAGGUUCAAAGUCGCUUGGACUUGUUCGUUGAAACGUGGCUCGUUAUCCUGAGGAUAUCGCUCGUCGUGUACCUCUCGUGGUAUCUCAAGAAGUUGUUCAGCGAAUACCUGGAGGUCGAGGAGGAUUCCCACGUGUGGGACAUACUCUAUUCGAAGUUCACAGAUUAUAAAACAUUCCACACUUUAAUAUACACAUGUUCGGAAGUUUUCGAUUUCCUUAAAAUAAGUUCUGUCGUAAAUAUGAUGAGGAGCCUGUUGAUCCCAUUCGUUCUGGUGAGCUGUGUGAACGUCACGCACUACUGGCAAUACGCCGCGAGGGAGAAAUGCAAGAAAGAGACGGAGGACGCAUUCGAAAGGGACAAGAAACAUGGCGACAAGAAUGACGACGAAGACAGCGGCAUUGAGAACAAUACGGAAAUUGUGCCGAAAAAUGAGGGGAAGCCGACGGAACACCCGUUAGUGCUGUAUUUGAAGAAUUUGCAAGUCGAAUCCGCCAUAUUCUAUAAUAUAUCCCAAAUGAUGGUGUACGGCGUUAUGGCGGUGCUCGUGAUGCGUUUGAAGUUAUUGUUCUCGACGCACAUGUGCCUGGUGUCUUCAUUGAUAUUUAAUAAAAAGUAUUACAUGAUACCAAAAUCUUUCGUUAAGUACAUACCGAUUAUGUGGGCGAUCGUUAUUUUGCCAGUUUUGACGGAACUAUCCAAGAAUAUAACUAAGGAGAUGUCACAUAUUGGAGAGUUUAAUGACUACCCACAGGAGGAGUUGUUACUCUGGAUAUCGAAAGAGGCCGGCACUGGCGCGUUCGCGGGUUCGAUGCCGAUUUCAGCCACUGUGAUGUUGUCGACCAGGCGACCUAUAGUCACUCACCCGCAUUACGAACAUUUGGAAGCUAGACAGCGAGCGUAUUCAGUGUACAAAGUGUACGGAAAGUUCUCGCUGAAUGAUUUAUAUCAAGAACUCAACAAGUAUCGAGCGACGUAUCUCAUUGUUGAAACAAAAUACUGCUACGGGAGGAGCAGGAAACGCUGUUCGUUUGAAGACAUAUGGGAUGUUGAAGCGCCGGCCUUGAAAUCGAACCCCAAGCUCUGCCACACUCUGCUCACUGAGUCGGUGGAUCAUUUCUACCCGGUGUUUAAGAACGAACACUACGCCGUUUUCAGGAUACACGAUUUCAGUGUUCGGUACAUGCCUCGUACAUUCGACACUUGACACCCGGAUGGAUGUCAAGUUAUGUAUAUCGAGAAUGAAGACUAUUACAAUGAAACAAAAUGAAUUCUAAAAAGAUUUCGGCCCCCUUUUUUAGAAUUUUCGGGGGCCUAUUUUUUCACUUCUUCCAUUAAGCAUUUUAAAUAACUAAAUAUUUUAAAGACAUAUUUUAAAUAGAUUUCGAUACCCUCGGCCCCCGGGGGCCUCACAAAACGGAGAUUGUUAUCUCGGAGGUUGUUUAAAUUUAUCCUUAAUUAAUUUGUUAGGGAUAAUAUGAUUCGAAUGAUUGUAGUGUUUUGGAAGGCCCCCAUUAGUAUAUCGGGUGUAACAGAAAAAAAAACUUUAAUGUUAGAUUCAUUAAAAACUAUUUUCGUAAUAUAAUAUAAAGUUAUAUAUUUCUAAUACAAUAUCUAAUGCGUGUUAUGUAUUUAUGUAAGUUCCUUAGUCGGAUAUUUGAACUAUGAAACAUUGAAAACACAAUCAAAAUCGCUUUUAUAAAUACUUCAAUAUCUAAGAUGUAUGUUAGUAAAAAUAUUCUAUUUUGCUUAUUCGAGUAAAUUAUAAAAUUAGUAACAUUGUAAUGUAUUAUUGUUGUGUACAGCGCUGGCCCGGGGGGGGGGGGAGAGCGGUAGGAGUGGUAGCCAGAGGCGCCAGGUGGUAAGGGGCGCCAAAAAGCCAAUGAAAACAAUUUCCAUUGCAAAAUAAAAUCCGUAGUGUGACGCUGAUAAUUCCCUAGAUUGCCUCUAUUUCAUAGAUCUACAAACCUUUUUAAAAACUAAAUCUGAUUGCUUAAAUCGGCUAGGCUAGCGUCGAAUCUAUUCCUAGUGUUUGUAAUGAAAGUUGAUAAUUAUUGUUUAUAUAACAUUUACUAAAAUGCUAUUCACGUGAAGUGAAAGCGCCGACCAGAGGGCGCUGAAAGACGAUCUCACUCCACCCUGAUCAAGGGCCAGGGCAGGCACUGGUUGUGUAUGGUUGUUCUGCAAUUUCAACCCCCAUAGGUAGUAGCGUUAUAUUAUAAAUGUCGCAGAUGAAAAGUCGCUCGAAUGAAAACGGCGAUAACCAAAAAAAUUAUCCCGCAAAGGUUUAUUUAUUUAUUUUGAAUAUAUGUAUAAUAUAUAAUAACAAUUCGCCCUCCAAUUCGAUAGCACAUUUAUUUAUUAUUUG